AUGUUAAAGGACAGCGUCCUGAGGCAAGCAGCUCCUCUCUUCCACCGCGCAUCCUCAUCAGGACCAUCAACGCCUGCGCUCUGGCGCGUUCGCCUCUUCCAUUCCCCUCCCGACUCCCACCACGACAAUGCCGCAGACGAACCAUCACCACACACCGUCUGGACGAGGUCUGCGACGGGGAUGGUCAAGGACAUGUUCACAAAGCACCGGCUCCUAAAGUCGCAGGACAUAUGGCGAAUGGGCACUGAGGGGACGCGGCCAGUGAUCCAGGCGACACAAGCAAUUGACGACGAGGGCAGGAUCAGGAUGAAGCGGGUCAGCAACAUUCGUGAAGGGCGGCGCGUCUGGGUUCCACCACCUGUGACGCCGUUGCCUCACCAUCCCUUCCAGGCGAUGCGUUUCCUUAAGAACAACAUCCUCGGUGGCCUCGAGGCGCAUAACCUUAUCCACAAGGCCAAGGUGAUGAUGCCAAUCACGACCGCGCAGGGGAUUCUCGACUCUGAACGGGCGGCGAUGCGGGCAUACCGCCGGAAGGUGUUUGAGGCGAACAAGAUGGGCCGGGAUCCACCGACGGAGGUUCCCACACCGCGCACACACAUGCCUGAGUAUUACUGGGCACUCGGUCCGACACCAGACGUCAGGCCGACCUACGACGAAAGCGAUUUACAGAGGCCAGUGACCAAGGAGGAGGUCGAGGCCAAUAUGGACGAGCAAGGGUGGAGUCGCGCCGAGCAGCUCGAGAAGGCGUACCAUGAGGCCAAGGCGCUUGAGCGCGACCUCAUCAGCGCGCGUAGGACUGUGCGUAGGGCUGCGCACAAGGCCGAGCGAGAGAGGGAGAAGGAGGAGCGGGCGCAGAUGCUCGCCAUGGGCCUCGGACCCAAGAUUGCGCAGGAAAAACGCCGAGCGGCUGCCAUUAAGAGCAUUGAGAAUUAUGCGCGCGAGACGGGCGAGGACGUCAGCGACUGGAUCAAGGAGCUCGAGGAGGCACACCUGCCCACCGACCAGUAUCCCGAACGCAUCGGCGAGGUCGUCAACCCCACCCGUGUCGAUGGCAAGCUACGCCUCACCCCUGCCACUCCACGCACCAACUCCGCCAAGAUACACAAGAGCAGGAGGUAA